GAUUUUAUUAUAUGAGACAAAAUUGUUUUGCUUUUUUUCAUUAUUUUAUAUAUACAAGUAACAUUCUCUUAUAAACAGACAUUUUGAAUAUAAACAUGUACCGAGUAGAUGAUAUUAAAUAAUAUUUUAUCGUAUCUAACUAGUCGUCCAAUCAACGUUCUUUAUUUACAUUGGAUAUUUCAUGGAAGUAUAUAUAUAUGUAUGUAUGUAUAUUUGUACUGGCUGAUAAUCCGGAUCUUUCAAACGUUCAAAACUGCUUUCAAAUCAUAGAAACGGAAGAUAAAAUUGUAGAUAUAAUGUUGGUCUUAUCAUAAAUCAUCAUAAAUUAAUAUCAUUUUUAUUUAUAACCUAAUAAUUUUGGAAAGUAUAUAAAGUUGCCGAAUAUAAGGUCAAGUAAGUGAUAAACUUCCAGUAUUCACUUAUUACAUAAACAAAAGGAUAUGUUUCAAUCAUAUUUAUGAUUACAUUGAUGACUUAGAAAUUAAUAUAUAUGAAAUGUACACUAGUGUAAAAUGGAAAAAGAAUCUUUAUGAAUUUACCGAUUUACCUGAUAAUUAUACAGACAGCACAUUUUUGACAGAAUUACGUAAGAAUGUAAAAUCUGAUUAUGUUUCUCGACUGGAAGCUAUUAAUUUAGCUGCUAGUAUAUCGAUUCGUUUAAGUAUUCCAGUUCUCUUUGUUAUCAUAUUUAUUUGGUUAUAUAAUGAAUGGACCACCCCAAAUGUCAUUAUUAUAUCUGAAAUAGUUUCAACCAUUUUUGGAUAUUUAUUUUAUAACAUAAAAAUAUUAAAUAUGUCGAAGAGACUGUCAGAAGAUCUUAGAACAACUUUAAUUUUUCUUAUUUUUGGAUAUAUUUUAUCACCAGUUUUGCGAACAUUAACUGAAACUAUUAGUACUGAUACGAUAUAUGCUAUGACUAUAUUAAUGUUUCUUACUCAUUUAAUAUUUAACAAGUAUGGUUCUACGGAAAUUUUUUUUUCUGAUUCCUUGUCUAUCACUUCAUCUAUUUUUGGUUCAUUAAUGUUAGCAUCCAGACUUGCUUCACCUUUACAUGCAUUUUCACUUUUAACUGUUUCGGUACAAUUUUUUGUAUUAUUUCCUAUAUUAUUGUCUUACAUAAAUAACAAAGUAAUUAUAUCAAUCAUAAUAACCAUAGGGACAGUAUAUUUAUUAUUACCUAUGUCUAAUGUAUGCUCCUAUGUUUUUAUCAUAGUUGUGGUAUUCAUUCAUUUCAUUUGUCCACUUUGGUAUAUUAGAUGUAAACAAUUUAAAAAUAACAUCUAUGGUCCUUGGGAUGAAGCAGUUAUUUCCUAACUAUUCUAAUAAUAUUAAUUUUGUAAAAUACUCAAGAUUAACAUUGUUAUUGUUAUUAACAUAUUAUUGAAAAAAAAAGAUAAUUAUUUAUCAAAUAAAGCAAGUGUUUUCAUUCUUCCAAUUUUGUAUUACCUUGAUGUUGUAGCACAAUAAAUAUUAAUGAAGUAUAGAUAUGUUAUAAAGUCAUUAUAAGUGAAAUUUACAUUACAUAAAGAUUAGAUAUUUUUAUACAUUAAAUGAGAGAUAUUUCUGUAAUUGUAUGACAGAAUUUAGUUGGAUUCAACAGGUGACUAUUCAACAAUAUGAUCACUAGUGGCGUAAUAAUCGCAAAAAAAAAAAAUUAAAUACAUGUGUACAUUAACUAUAUGAAUAUUAAAAAUCGUAAAAAUUUGGAUACUCAAGUAAUGAAAAUUAUAUAUUAUAUAUUUAUUUUACUUUAUAUUACCGAAUAAUUCUGAUUACUGUUUCUGACAUCUAUCGACGACAUCGAAAAAAUAUGUAAACACAUAUUUCAUGUACUUACAUAUACACAUGUUAUUUGUGACUAUAAAUACAUAGAUACGCACACACACAUUUAUGUUUAAUUUAAGAUGAAUACAGUAAAUUCGCGCGCUAUUUGCUUGAAGAUAUUUUAAAGUACAAAUUCCAAGGCUGAAGAAUAUUUUUUUAAAUGAUAAGGAAGAUGGUAAUACUUUUAUUAUAACGAUUUCUUCUACUCUUUUAUCAGAUACAUUCUUGUUCUGAGAUUAUUCCGAUUGGAGCUUUUACAUAAAUCGAUAGAAGAAAGAACAAGAUAAUAGAACUAGACAAAAAAUAAAGAAAAAAAAAAAAAAAAAAAAAAAA